UUGCUUGAGCUGACCUUUGACCUUAGUGUUCUACCUGUACGUCACUGCGGCGGCAAGCUAGCAGCGAAACAAGUCACCCCCACCCCGGGUGCAAUCUCGAGGAAAAGUCUUGACUUAAGGGAAAGCGACUCGGCGGAAGGGUGCAGGGGAACUCCGCGAGGGAGCGAGGAUUAAGGAUUUUGCAGCCGGGUGGGCGGAAUCCCAGAGGGGCGGAGCUUAGCGUUUAGGCUUUCGUGACUGGACGAUCUGAGAAGGGCGGGGUCGCGGCGGGCACAUGUCUGGCUGCGCGUGCUCAGUGAGAAGCUGGUCCUGUCUUCUUGGCUGACUUCGCCAUGGACUUUCGGUCCGCUCGGAGGGCUGUGCUUCAGCUGCUCAGAACUACGGCUCCCGCAGACGUCCCGGCACUACUUCACUGGAUGAAGACUACCCGGGAUUUUGAUGAAUUUACUCAAGAUAACAAUGACAUUAUGUUGAAGAACAUAGCUGAUGACCUUCGGAACUGUUUGCCUGUAGAAGCUGUGCUCUGCUCGGAACAUCUAGCCCUUCAAAAAAUACGACAACAGCCAGAACCCACAGUUCACGUUGAUGCAUUCCUUUAUGAUGAAGACUUUAUUGAUACAUUAUGUGAGGAAGGAAAAAUGAGCAGAAACUACUGUACGGUGUGUGGCUCACACCAAACAGCGCCUUUGGGAUUUAUCUCUCAUUCCUUCUCCCUCACGGAGUUGAAGUUCCUUUACCAUCACAUACUCCCUGACCUGUCAGGAAAGGUCUUGGUUGAUGUUGGCUCCAGACUUGGCACAGUCCUUUAUGGGGGUUACCUUUAUAGCUCAGCAGUGCAGCUCUGUGGGGUAGAGCUGAAUGGAGAAUUUUGCCAAUUGCAGGAAAUGAUCAUAAAGAAAUACCAGUUCGGUGACAGAAUAAAGGUGCUUCAUGCAGACAUCUGUACCCAGGGUUCCCUUCUGCAAACUGCUGACGUCAUUGUAAUGAACAAUGUCUUCGAAUAUUUUCUUACUGAGGCUCAACAGGCCAGUGCCUGGGACUACAUCAUCCAUAAUAUAAGGAAACAAGGAUCACUAUUAGUGACAGUACCAAGUCUCCAAGAUUCUCUCAUGGGUCUAGAGAUUAAUUUGCAGCUGUCCUCCUGGGUGGAAGAGAUACCUCUGAAUCUCGAUGUGUACUCACAAUGGGACGCUGACCAAGAAGCUCUUCAGCAAAUUCACUUAUAUAAGGUUCUCUAGCACCAAAGCCACCCAGUGUGACACCUUAGUCAUGCUUUGUGUAUUCCCUCUCAAGCUCUAUGCAUGACUGUGCCAGUAACUAGUUCUUGGGGCUGCGUAUACAAUAGUUGUAUGUGGAUAUAAAUAAACUGUGUGAUAACUAAAAUAUAUAUCUGACAUGU